AUGAGAGAACGUAGAGAGAAGGCGGAUUUAGAAGAGGUAGACAUGGGGCGUGCGGCCGUCGAAGCGAGCGAUGUCGAAUCCCUGUUACGCUCCUACUAUGCCACCGUGCCGCCUGAGAGGCGACUGGCAAUCUUAUCAGUACGCGCCAUUACAGAGGCAGUGCGGGAUUUCACACUUAAGCGCGACGACGGUGUGUUUCGUCGUGUGCUAGAGGGCCACAGACGACGUUGCGUCGAUUUCUUACUCGAAUCGACGGCCGAGACGGCAGAGGAAGUGCGAGAGCGUAUAAGGCUGUGCAAGCAGAGCCUGGACGCGACUGAUGAGCAGGAGCUGAGAGGUUUAAUCGAGAAGGCGGCCGCCAGCAGGUGUAAGGCGACGGUGGCGGAGAGCGAGGAGUCGGAGCCGGAGGCGGAGGCGGGGCGCGGGCGCGGGCGGGGCGCGCGGGGCGGGGGCGCGGGCGGGGGCGCGGGGCGCGCGCGGGCCGCGGGCGCGGCCGGGCGCGCACGCGCGCCGGGCGCGGCCUCGCCCGUCUCGUCGCCCUCGCCGCCGCAGCCCGCGCCCGAGCGCCGCACGCCGCGCCGCCUCGCCGCGCGCAAGUCCAACGAGCUGCUGCAGAACCUGGCCGCCGAGCGCACGCUGCGCCGGCGCCGUGACUCCUCCGAGAUCGAAAUUUCAGAC